CCUCUUCAUCACCACCCCAAUCCAAGAUCCAGUGAAACGAGUAGCUCCCUCGGAAGUCCAGGGAACUCAGUUUUUGUAGUUUUUCUCUUUUUUUUUGCCAUUGCAUUUAUUCCUACGAGUUUGCCAUUUUUUCCGAUUGGGAAGUUUCACGAAAUUUCACUUUUCUUUUUUUGGAGAUUGCUGAUCCUUAAAAGGUGCCAUCACUCUCUCUUCUUCUCUCCUCCCAGUCUUCAAGGCGAAACAGUCCUCUUACACACACACACACAAAAAAAAUAAACAGAAAGAAAGAACUUCAGCAUUGCCAUGGAAACUAGACCACAGUGAUUUUGAACUUAAAAUAAGGGAGUUCUAAACUGAACAGUGACUAACUAUUCCUUCUCGUGUGUGUGACACAUUUUUAUUGCGUUCCCUGUUUCUGUUAUGUAUGUUGUAUACACAGAUGUAUUUACAGGUUGUGUUAACUGAAUGUUGUUUGCUAUCAAACCACCUUUGCCCUUUCACAAAUCAUGGUGUUGAUCCUUGCUAAGCUAACUAGUAUCAGGAGAAACCCUAACCCCUGUCCUUCCCCCCAAACAAAACCUAUUUAUACCCGUUCUUUCGUCCCCAAAAUCCUUUAUACCGUAUCUCCUUUCGACAAGUCACUCUAAUUCACCUCAUUAAAUGAACCAAGGGCCAGAAUUGUCAUUCUAUGCUGAUGAUGUUAGCAAUUUUUUGCUAACAUUUUGCUUUAACAUUUUCGCCUAUGAUGUGCCGUUAUCAUGCUAACCUUCCCUCUUCCCUAUAACGUUUUCAAAUUGUUUCCUAUCCUAUUCUGACUCGAAAUACCGUUAAUGCCAGCAAGAGAACAUGUUGAAAAUAACCACAAAUUGUCUGUUUAAUGUGUGCUGUGUAAUAAUGUUCCCUGUUAACUAAUCUCCUUUUGGGAUUUCUAAUUGCUAAUAGAAUUACUUGGAAUGACGAAUUAAUCACGUAUAACUUAGUGAUUCAUCAUUCUCGGCCACCUUAUCCAAAUAUAACAAUAUUUGCCCUGUUAAAUUAAACCUCCUGAGGAUUUGAACAGCAAGGUGAUUGUUAUUCUGUAGUGAUAUUUCAUGAUGAUGUUCACGUCCGUUUGGGCCACUUUAAUCAUUAAAACACAAAUCCGACAAUUAAGGCUAGCUAACAGGGGUUGGCCAAUAUGACAAUCCCAUAUAGCCACCGCAAGCUAAUUAGAAAAAACUAACCCUAAAAAAAUUGCCAAAGAGAUGGGUACAGUAAAGUGGGAAGCCUAUUCUUUUGGGAAUAUACUAUUUAUUCCAAUCGCCCCUCAAAAAAUGAAAUGGCAGAAAGGGAAUGGGUGGUGGUUGUUAUCAUUACUAUCUAAAAACAAUCUUACGCAGCUUUCUUUUUGUAAUUUUUUUUUUCAUGCAAAAAUCAUGCGGCCAAUUUGUUAAUGAGGUGAAUUAGUGUUGCCCAUAAUUACCGUGGACUCCCUAGACCCCCCGUCCAUCGCGACGCGCUACCCGGUAGUCCCCCCGCCCCCGACCACGUAUCGCCCCUUCCUCACCCUGCUCGAGACCACCAAAGAGACCCUGUCCCUGCCCAACCACGUCCCCGCGCGGGCCCCCUGCCCCCUGGACCACGAGGACUGCGAGGAGCCCAUCGAGGUGUCGGCGUACGGCUCGGGCGAGAUGACCGAGUCGGACGACGAGGACUAUUUCAAAAACUCGCCGCUCGUCACCGACCGGACGGUCCUCCCCCCGCCGCCCGCCGCCCAGAACCCCCGCGACCGCCACUCCUCCCGUGUCCCCGACCCCCACCGCCCGCCCCUCCCCUCCACCCCCACCGCUGACCCCGACCACCUCGGCCCGCGGCCCAAGCCCCCCAACGCCAACCCCGGCGGCAACGCCAACAUCCCCGCCGGGAAGAUGAACACCCGGGACCAGGUGCUGCUGCCCCCGCCGCCGCCGGCCCACCCGUCCUCCUCCGACCCGGGUCAGCGGCGCCACCCCGCCGGUGGGGUGACCCACCCGCCUAACUUCCCCCAUGUGCCCACCGCAGAUCCCACGUCCCCCGAGCGGGGCCUGCCCGGGGCCGUCGAGGUGCAGCAGUCCAGCAGCACCACCGGCAUGGUGGUGGGCAUCGUGGCGGCCGCCGCCCUCUGCAUCCUCAUCCUGCUCUACGCCAUGUACAAGUACCGCAACCGCGACGAGGGCUCCUACCAGGUGGACCAGAGCCGCAACUACAUCAGCAACUCGGCCGCCACGCAGAGCAGCAACGGCACGCUGGUGAAGGAGAAGCAGGCGGGCGCCGCCAAGACGGUCACCAAGAACAAGAAGAACAAGGACAAGGAGUACUACGUCUGAGGGAGCCAGGAGCCGGAGGGGGAGCGCCUUGACAGCGAAGCCUGAACCGCGGGGCCGGGGCACUUCUUCUAAAGAGGAGUGAGAGAGAGGAGAGAGAGAGAGAGAGAGAGAGAGAGAGAGAGAGAGAGAGAGAGAGAGAGAGAGGCAGAGAGAGAGGCAGAGAGGAUGAGACAUGGUGUCUUUUCUUUUGAACCGUUAAAAGUGUCGAUUGCCAUCGUAGAAAUUGAGGUUCUAGGAAUACCUUACUUAUUUGUUGCACUCAUUAGCUCCCAAAUUGGUAUAUACAGUACACUGUGUAUCGGUGGCUUGGACUGAUUUUAGUGUUUAUGGCUUGUCCAGUGUGUUUAUGUGUGUGUUUGUAAAAGAGAGGCUGCCACCUCUAGCACCACACAAAACCACGAACACAAACACCAACACACACACCAACACACACAAACACCAACAAACACACACCAACACACACACACACACACACACACACACACACACACACACACACACACACACACACACACACACACACACACAAACUAAAAUGUCUUGUUUAUCUCACGCCAGGUGAGUCUUUUGUAAAUUGCCAUGGGAAGAAAGACAGUAUUUGAGUGAAGGUCCAUACAUCCUCAAGGCCAUUGUAAAAAACAACACAACCUCAAUCAGUAUGAGAAUAGAUAAGGUUCAAGUAAAGAAAUUUCAGUUCAAGUGAAGAAUAGCAGUGACACACGCCUGUGAAAUUUGAAUUCUGACAAAGAAAAAAAAACAGUGUCAAAGCCACUGGCCUUCUCCCUCUGUAAGUAUUAAGAAGUCUCGUAGUGUCCUCUCUUGAUCUCUCGCUGUCCCUCACGUCUCUCUCUCUCCCUCUCUCUCUCUCUCUCUCUCUCUCUCUCUCUCUCUCUCUCUCUCUCUCUCUCUCUCUCUCUCUCUCUCUCACCCUCACCCCCUCACUCCCCCCCUCUCUCUCUCUCUCUCUCUCUGAUUCCUCUGCUUUAUCCGGCGCGCUCUCUCCCUCCUCUCCUCGCGCGGUGCGCACAGCAGUCCCGCCCGAACAGUAAUCUCCGCUGCUGUGUUUCGAGCAUGUAGUAUUCAUUUUACGAAAAACGAGAUUUAAAAAGAAAACUAUUUCUUCUUUUUUUCUUUCGUUCUGUGGAGUUUAAAUUGAUGAAAAAAAAGUACACAUACAUAUAUAUAAAUAAAUAUAUAUUAUGACAACGACGAUGAUGAUCAACAACAACGAUGUUAAACGUAGCAAGAACGAGAUGACGCCGUUUGCGACGUGCCUCGGACACUGACUUUGUACGUUUUAGCCACAGAGACGUCUUUGACGAUGACCCCCCCCCCCCCCCCCCCCACCCCCACCACCACGACCACCUUCACCCCACAGUUAGCCUUCUUUAGAGCAUACCUCUGUCCUUUCUCUUCCCCCUGGCUGUUGCAUCCCGAAAGAGCAGUUCUCUGGUUCUUCACAGUUACGAAUAAAUGGAAAAAAUACCCGAAAUUAAAGAGAGGGAAAAAAAAAACGAUCAAACGGACAACAUGAAUAUAAGUCGUGUGGAUCAUUCAACCGCGGCCCGUGGAAAAGGUCAAGGUAGGUGACUGUGACAACCUCCUCACAGAUGGACAAGAUGGAGGAGAUGGAGAUGGAGGACGGACAUCUUAGAUUUUCUUUGUGACAUUAGAGCCACUACCAUCCCCAUCCUAGCCACCAUCAACACCCUCUCUGCUGCCCACCCCUUCCCCCCCGGAAACCAUGAGCCUUUCCCUUGGUUACACUCUUUUGGAAGACUCCCUGGUUGUAAAAACAGCACCGCUGAUACGAGACUCCACUGAAGAAUCGUUGCGAGACGGGAACGGUGGUGGGGGAAAAUCUCAGUUAUUUUCUGGUUUAGUUUUUUAACUUUGGGGCGGGGGGAAGGGGGAGGAAAGAAGCGUUCUUAUGUUGAGGUCCACUGUGGACUGAGGUACUAUGGAGUGAGAGACUGGUGGCUUGCGCCCUGUUUAUGCCCUGAGUGGACAGCCAUAACGGGCAGGGAUAACUUUAUGGAGCGAACACGCCCAUACACAGGAGUGUGUGUGUCUGAUGCCAGUUCCCUUGGAGAUAUACAACGGAACGUACUCCGAAUUUUCUCAACUCUAUUAAAAAAAAGAAGAAAAACUGUACCAUGAAAAGAAAAAGAAAAUCUUGAAAAAAAAAAAGUUUGUGAAAUGUCUAAAUAUUUGACUAUCAUCCCAUGACUAAGAGAAGUGUGUUUUCCCCGCUACCAUUACUGUUUGAAGAUUUGAAAAAAAAUUAAAAACAUUGACUAUGGUAAUUGAUUCUGGGAAAUUGGAAUUUCUAUGUUGUAUUUAAUUUAGUUUCGUUUUUUGUUUUUUUUGUUGAGAAAAUGUGAUUUGGGCUACCAACAUGUAACCACGCUUUUCUCAACUCUCCUCUGAGAAAUCUGAUAUUUACGAUUCCCAUCCUCAACUCUGUUUGACAUUCAUUAUUAUGUGUUUCCUUUUUUUUCUGCUUUUGGUUUAUUCCUUUGACAUAUAUUAUGUCCUCAAGCAGCUCCUUACGUUUCUUCCUGUUUCUUUCUGUACUGCUCAGGGCGAUACAGCCACCAUUUUCAGCAGUCUUUGUCUCAUUGCCACUCUUUACGUUCUCUGACCCCAUUCCAACCAUAUUCCUCCCAGUAACUUCCUGUUCUUUCUAAAUGUUAUCGUAAAGUGUUCCAGUGAGAUGAAUCUAAAUAUGUGUACAUUAACAGAGGGGAAUACACUUGGUUAUAUACUUCUUAA